AUGGAUCUUUUGAUGGAUAUAGAUGGUGUCAACGAGAAUGCCUGCUGGACAUUGCCUGAAAACUUUGAUGUCCCACUUGUGACAUUCAUAGAUGAAGCCCAGGAAGAGCACAUAUUUGAAAUCCUUUUUUUGUAUUUUGUGUGUUCAGGCCAUGAAGACUUACACCUCAGAAGCAUCGAGCUACACAGCAACACCCUCAUUCAACUGGAGAGGUGGUUUACAGCCUCAGGCCAGACUCGAGUCACUGUGGUUGGACCACUCAGAGCAAAGCGGUGGUUGAUGGAUAUGAUUCGGAGUGUGGGGAGCCAGCAAGCUUACCACCAGGCCCGAGGUGAAAAGAUGUUGCAUCACGUCCAGAACCAAACCCUGUCCACAGCUGACUUGGAUGACUCUUUCAGCAUGCCCGCAUACAUAUUUGAGAUGAUCAAGCAUCAGAAAAAGCUGCACUAUAAUAAGCGGGCCAUUUUUACAAUGUUGCUUCAAACAUCCAUGCACCUAGAUGCUGACAUAACACAACAUUCAGACUGGAAUUUAGAGACGUGCACUGCAGCCUGGAGAAAGAAUGUUGACUUGAUAAUGGUUGGUGUGAAACUUCACUGA